GCCGUCCCUCCUGCCUGAUGCGGAACGAUUGUCAUCAUUUGUAACGCUCGUAUUCUCUUCUCCUAGCUUUCACGUUGUGACCUUCUCCUGUGCCACGGGGAAGUCAAGACCCAAUGUUCACCGACAAACACCCAUAUAUAACCAUGUCCACUCUAGUACUAUUGCCAAAGGUCCAGAAGGAAAUCCCAGUUGAAAUCGUCUGUGAUGCUGCAGACUCGAUCCAAUAUCUGUUACAAGGCCAAAUCUUUACCUCCAGGGUGGAGGAUGUCAUGAAGUAUAUAACGAAGUCAACUAUGAUUCCAUGCAAAAGCUACCAGGAAUUUCACGAUGUAGGAGCAGAAGAUUUUGCGUCGAUAGAACAUAUUGUAGGAGAAAUGGGCCAACUGAUGACGAAACCAAAGCUGACUUAUGAUUAUAAGAAGCUCGCACUCGUCGUCGACAUGCCUACCACCCUCCAUGAAGAGCCUUUCAAUUAUCUCAAAGAAUGUAUCACUCUAGCGAUUGCCGAGCUUCCUUACGAUCGCAAGGAUCAUCCAGCCUACAUUGACGUAACAAUCUCCGCACUUGGAGAAUGUGCGUUUACUGAACGUCGAGACCAUGUGUUCAACAAAAUGGAGAUGGAGAUCACCGCCAAUCCCGAAGUCAACCUUGCAGUCAUUGUCUUGAUCCACGAAGCCAUACCCUUUGCGUCGCCUCUCCCUGACUCGACUGCUCACAAGCUUCUCGCUGGGGAUACCUCAGAACUCCCCAGGAAAGCAUUCGUCUCGCAAAGAUCCACUGUGCGCCAGUUCAACGAACCAUUUGUGGUUGCCGGUCACAACUGGUGCCAGGUGCACUCUGUAGAAUACUUUGUUUGGGCGAAAGGAGCUGACGGCGCAUCUAUUGAUGUUCGCAACAACAACCCUCUGCUGAUGGCACAUGGGAUAACUCAUAACUUCACACAGACAUUAGGACUUACAUCAAACAUGAGCGCUGUCACCACCAUGCUGGAGAAAGGGCUGGGCCAGAUGAGGGACUCGAUGGUCACCUUGACACGCGAGCAUGAUAGUGAUGCUGAUUGCUCCGCACUCGAAGGUGCCAACCCCACACUCCCAAUCAAAUGGGGCCUCGGCGCUUCAGGAGUCCUGAGUGCGAUAGACAUCACUGCCUACCAGCGCUAUCAGACGUGGAUCAGAGGUAUCAAGCGUGACCAUAACCCCUUGUUCUCAAGGAGCCAGAGGGUGUUCAAUAACCAGCGUCGACUCAUGCACACUCCGUCACUUGCCCUCACUUGCCCAGGUCCAAAGGCACUGGUACACACGGCACUACUUCUGAGACUGGUCAUCAAGAAAAUGUGUUAA